UACUACUACUUUCUAGUGCCUUUUCUUUCUCUGUCCAGUACCAAGAAACAACCCUAGUAACUAACCCCCAUAUAAUCCAACCCUUGCUGCUGCCUACUCCUAAUUCGGUCCAGCACAUCAUCAUUAGCGCUUUGCAGCCCGUAGGUGCAUCUGCAUCUGCCGUACCUUACCCUUAAAACCAGUCAAACGCCGCACACUGACACCAAAGGGUACCAGCAGAUCGACGUCCUCCCCCUCCCUCCACGCCCGGCGCCAUGCCGCCCGCCCCCGCCCUCCCCCUCCUCCUCUUCCUCGCCACCCUCGCCACCGGCGCCGCCGCCGCGGCCGAAGUGGACGCGCUAGUCUCCUUCAAGAGCGCCCUCACCGUCCCGCCCGCGGCCGCGCCCUUCUUCGCCACGUGGGACGCCGCCGCGGCCGACCCCUGCGGCUUCGCCGGCGUCGCGUGCGGCGGGGCCGGCCGCCGCGUCACCGGCGUCUCCCUGCCGGGUCUGAACGUCUCCGCGGCGUCCGUGCCCUUCGCCGACCUCUGCGCCGCCCUGCCGGCCCUGGCCACGCUGUCCCUGCCGGAGAACUCGCUCGCGGGCGGCGUCGGCGGGGUCGCCGCGUGCGCGGCGCUCCAGGAGCUCAACCUCGCGUUCAACGGCUUCGACGGCGCGAUCCCGGACCUCUCGCCGCUCGCCAAGCUCCGGAAGCUCAACGUCUCCUCCAACCGCUUCGCCGGCGCCUUCCCGUGGGCCUCGCUCGCCGCGAUGCCCGACCUCUCCGUGCUCGCGCUCGGCGACAACCCGUUCCUCGCGCCCACCGACGCGUUCCCGCCCGAGGUCACAAGGCUCACCAACCUCACCGUGCUCUACAUGUCCGCGGCCAGGAUCGGCGGCGCCAUCCCGCCGGAGAUCGGCGACCUGGUCAACCUCGUCGACCUCGAGCUCUCCGACAACAACCUCACCGGCGAGAUACCGCCGGAGAUCGCAAGGCUCACCAACCUCACCCAGCUCGAGCUCUACAACAACUCGCUCCGCGGCGGCCUCCCCGCCGGGUUCGGCAAGCUCACCAAGCUGCAGUACUUCGACGCGUCCCAGAACAGGCUCACCGGCACCCUCGCCGUGCUCGGCUCCCUCAAGCGGCUCGUGUCGCUGCAGCUCUUCUUCAACUACUUCACCGGCGGGGUGCCCCCGCAGUUCGGCGACUUCAAGGAUCUCGUGAACCUGUCCCUUUACAACAACAACCUCACCGGCGAGCUGCCGCGGAGCCUCGGGAGCUGGGCGCAGUUCAACUACAUCGACGUGUCCACCAACGCGCUCUCCGGCCCCAUCCCGCCGGACAUGUGCAAGCAGGGCACCAUGCUCAAGCUGCUCAUGCUCGAGAACAACUUCUCCGGCGGGAUACCGGCGACCUACGCGAGCUGCAAGACGCUGGUGAGGAUCCGUGUCAGCAAGAACAACCUCUCCGGCAACGUGCCCGAGGGGCUGUGGGCCCUCCCCAACGUCAACGUGAUGGACCUUGCCGGGAACCAUUUCACCGGCACCAUCGGCGACGGCAUCGGGAACGCCACGGCGAUGACCAAUCUCCUCCUGGCCGGGAACCGGUUCACCGGCGCGAUACCACCGUCGAUCGGCAACGCGGCGAGCCUGGAGACCAUGGACGUGUCGGGGAACGAGCUCUCCGGCGAGAUGCCGGAGAGCAUCGGGAGGCUGUCCCGUCUCAACAGCCUCAACAUUGAGGCCAACGGGAUCGGCGGGGCCAUCCCAGCGAGCCUCGGCUCUUGCUCGGCGCUUAGCGCGCUCAAUUUCUCGAGGAACAAGCUCGCCGGCGCGAUCCCCGCGGAGCUGGGCAACCUGCCGCGGCUGAAUUUUCUGGACGUGUCCGGGAACGAGCUGACCGGCGCCGUGCCGGCGAGCUUCGCGGCGCUGAAGCUGAGCUACCUGAACUUGUCCGACAACCGGCUCACCGGUCCCGUUCCGGAGGCGCUCGCGAUCUCGGCCUACGGUGACAGCUUCAUCGGGAACCCCGGGCUGUGCGCCACCAACGGCGCUGGCUUCCUCCGCCGCUGCUCGCCGAGCUCCGGAAGCCGGUCGGCGAACGCCGCGCGCUUGAUCGUGACCUGCAUCCUCGCCGUGACGGCGGUCCUGCUGGCGGUGCUCGGCGUGACCCUAUACCUGAGGAAGCGGCGGCGUGCGGAGGCCGAGGCGGCCGGCGCUCUGGGUUCCGGCGGGGCGAAGCUGUUCGCCAAGAAGGGUUCUUGGGACAUCAAGUCUUUCCGGGUCCUGGCGUUCGACGAGCGCGAGAUCAUCGAGGGCGUCCGCGACGAGAACCUGAUCGGCAGCGGCGGGUCCGGGAACGUGUACCGCGUGAAGCUCGGGAGCGGCGCGGUGGUGGCGGUGAAGCACGUGACCCGCGCGCGCGCCGCCGCCGCCGCCGCCACCGCGGCGGCGACGGCGGCCAUGCUGCCGGCGGCGAAGGCGCGGCGCACGGCGUCGGUUCGGUGCCGCGAGUUCGACUCGGAGGUGGGGACACUGAGCGCGAUCCGGCACGUGAACGUGGUGAAGCUGCUGUGCAGCAUCACGAGCGAGGACGGCGCGGCGAGCCUGCUGGUGUACGAGCACCUCCCCAACGGCAGCCUCUACUCGCGGCUGCACGGGCCGGAGGCGAGGAAGCUGGGCGGGCUCGGGUGGGCGGAGCGGCACGACAUCGCGGUGGGCGCGGCGAGGGGGCUCGAGUACCUCCACCAUGGCUGCGACCGCCCCAUCCUGCACCGCGACGUCAAGUCCAGCAACAUCCUCCUGGACGAGUCCUUCAAGCCCCGCCUCGCCGACUUCGGGCUCGCCAAGAUCCUCAGCGGCUCGGCCGCCGUGGACUCGUCCGCCGGCGUCGUCGCCGGCACGCUCGGCUACAUGGCGCCAGAGUACGCGUACACGUGGAAGGUGACAGAGAAGAGCGACGUGUACAGCUUCGGCGUGGUGCUGCUGGAGCUGGUGACGGGGCGGCCGGCGAUGGUGCCGGCGGAGGAGUGCGGCGGCGAGAGCCGGGACCUGGUGGACUGGGUGUCGCGGCGGCUGGAGAGCCGGGACAAGGUGAUGUCCCUGGUGGACGCGCGGGUGACCGAGGGGUGGGCCCGAGAGGAGGCCGUGCGGGUGCUCCGCGUGGCCGUGCUGUGCACCAGCCGGACGCCGUCGAUGCGGCCGUCGAUGCGCUCCGUCGUGCAGAUGCUGGAGGACGCCGCCGCCGCGCGGGAGGAGGACGCGCCGCCAAAGCUCCUCGAGGUCAAGGUCAUCUGAAUAUCUGAUCGAUCGGAGAAGUUGCUAGCUGUAUGCAGCAGCAGGUAGUAGGUGUAGGAUUCUUGAGAGCAGAGAGAAGGUCAAUGCUGUCGCAUGUGCAGUCAGAUUAGAUUGUUGCUAGAAUAAUAAUCAAUGAAUCAGACAAGCAACCAACCAACCUGAAAUCCUGAAUGUAGUUUAGCAUAUCUGCAGCCUGUAACAGUAAGAUAAUACUGUAUGUAUUGUAGCAUCAAGUUUUGUAAUCGCUCAGAGUCAGAGGUCAAUGCAUGGAGUAAUGCUCGGCUCCUCUUUCCAUGGCACGCCAAA